AUGGUGGAACAAGAAAUACUAACUGAAUAUAGGCCAAAGGGCCCCAAGGAGGUCAUUCUCACUGGUACAUUUGACAAUUGGUCGAAGUCAUUGUAUUUGGUAAAGCAAGCGGAUGGGUCAUUUGAAUUGACUGUUCCGUUGCCGUCAGAUUCUGACAAGAUUUUGUACAAAUACAUCGUAGAUGGAGAUUGGUUGGUGUCACCAAAUGAUAAGAUUUCCAAGGAUUUAGAAGGAAAUGAGAACAAUUGUUUAGAAGCCAGUGAUUUAGUGGCAUUGAAUGGCAUUGGGGAAGCCAGCAUACCAGAAAGUGGAGGCUUACCUGUGAAGACUUCCACAGCUCCAGGAAACAAAGAUGUUAAUACUACUGUCCUUCCCACCUCUGAGGGCCAGCAAACAACUCUUGUUGGGGAGCCUGGUAUUCAAGUUCCCAAAGACCCGGCUGCAAUUUCUGCAUUUACUGAAGUCAGGGAUGUGGACCCUAAAACGUUGAAUGAGCCUCCAUUGACUUCUGAAGAGAAGAAGAAGCAAAAGAAGAAGGUCAAAAGAUCCCAAUACAAGGCCAAAAAGAAGAAGAAGGCGGCAGAAGCAGUGGUAGGAACUUCUGGUACUGGUACUAGUGCUACUGAGACCAGUGACCAUGAUACUGAACCAGAGCGGGCUACACCAGAACCAUCCUCGAAAGAAGGUGCAUUUGUCCCUCUUUCUCUUGACCAGAUAAAGUCAGAUACAGAAAAAGAUAAAUUGGCUGACAAAAGGAUUGAUGAUAUUGCAGUUGCGCCAGGUAGGGAAUCGGCAUGGAGCAAUAACGAAAGUCCUGAGGUAUCAAAGGAACCAAAGCAAUCUGAUGAUGAAGCAAAAGAAAAAGCCACGGAAGCAUUUGUCGCUGCCGCAGGAGCUGCAGGAGUUGUUGGAGCCACAAGUGCUGUACUUGCUUCUGAAGCUGGUGCUCCCAAAGAUAUCCCUCAAGCUGGUUCAAAUGCGGAACCAGAAACGGCUGGCAAAACUGGUGGUUCUUUGAACGAUGGUUUGCCAAUCGAACCUAAUCCAACCCCAAUAUCUCCUAGUGUUGCUGCAGUGAAGUCUGAAAAGAUUGACGAUUUGUCUGGUGGAGACCUGAAAGAUUUGACAGCUUCUAAAUUGGAAGAACCAACAGUAUCUGAGCCAAAUGGCGACGCCAGUGCUGUAGUUGUUACCAGUGCCACCGAAACAGUGCCGAAGACCCUUGAUCCGAAUGCUCACGAAGCAGAUGAAAAACCUGGUGUUUUAUCUUCAGAGGAGCCCGUAACUCAGACUAAUGUGACCGCUCUUGAAUCCCAGGCCGAGGGCGAGAAGAAGCCAGACACAACUACUGGUUUGAGAGAUGAAGUUACUCCAGAAAAGGAAGUUGAUGCGGAACCUAUUUCAAAGUCAGAAAAGUCUUUGGUUAAUGACGAUGAAGAAAUUGUCAUUGCUCAAGGUUCUCUGAGCCAAAAGGAACUUGCAGCUGCCAUAGCGGCGCAAGAAGGUGAUGUUACUGUUGAGGAAAUCAAGCCGACAGUAUCAGAAGCUGCCAGGUUAAAGGAAGAGGCUAAAUUGCAAGGUAAUCCCUCCAAAACCGCACCAGAGACCGAAACUUCACCCUCAAAGACACCUGCAAAGACUCUGGGUAAGGAAAAAGUACCAAAAAAAGAAGGGGAAAAGAAGAAGGGCGGCUUGUCCAAGUUUUUGAAAAAGAUAUUCAAGUAA